AUGCCCUACGAUCGUGACCGCCGCUCCCACCCCUUCCAGCUCUCUCUCUCGACCCAAACGCUCGCCAAACUCGAAGGCCUCAUCCGAGCCCGCAGCCACUACUACAACGAACUGCAACUCACGGCCGAACUCGAGAGAGCCAAACAUGAAUCUCAGACCCUAUCACCAACAGACCCGCGACCCAGCUUCGGCUUCGAUUCGAGUGAAGUGAGCACAGUGCGAGCUCCCAGCGUCGCUGUGACGAUUGCUAGUGUUGAUGAAAGGAUUCGGUCCCAUGAUGCGAGUAGCGACAGAACUAUUACGAGGGAUCCCUUCACCACCUCGGACGAAAUCGAAAUCGUGCCAACGAAUUCUCGGCCCACGACAAUCGGCGACCCGGCGCUGUUCGAAAAGCACCCUUCCACCACCAGGAUGCCCGCUUCGAUACCGCCCAUGCCCGAGAAAGGCAGCAGCAGCAGCCCGCCCGGUAGCAUCAGCCCUCCAGGUGCACCGACGCAAUACCCGACUGGCCUACACCUCUACUCCCUGAUCUCCGCCCUCUACCUCGCCGGCUUCCUAUUCGCACUGGACCGCACAAUCCUCGUCAACGCCAUCCCAACCAUAACGGCGCAGUUCGAUUCCAUCUCCGAUAUAGGAUGGUACGGCAGCGCGUAUCUCUUCACGUUCUGCUGCUUUCAACUCUUAUUCGGGAAAAUAUACGCUUUCUACAACGGCAAGUGGGUCUUCAUGACUGCGGUGGCAAUUUUCCUAGUCGGGAGUGCGAUCUGCGGGGCAGCCACUAGUUCGGUCAUGUUGAUUAUAGGAAGAGCGAUAGCAGGUUUAGGGAGCAGUGGGAUUUUCGGCGGGAGUGUGAUUAUCACAUUCUUCUCCGUGCCAUUGCAUCUACGACCGAUUUAUGCAGGGAUCCUGGCGGUGGUGCUUUUGGAUCAAUAUAUCCCCCUCGGGGCGGUGACGCUGGGGAUUGUGUUCUUCACCUUACAAUUGCCGCCUGCGAAGAAGGCGGGGACGCCGUGGAGGGAGCAGGUCUGGCAGAUGGACCCGGUGGGAAAUGCGUGCCUCAUGCCGGCGGUGAUUUGCUUGCUGCUGGCGCUGGAGUGGGGCGGGAGUACUUGUGCCUGGAGUGACGGACCAGUCGUCACUCCCUUGGUCUUGGCAGGAUUGUUGGGCUUGGCUUUUGUUGGAGUGCAAAUUUGGCUGGGAGACAAUGCGACUGUGCCGCCGAAGCUGUUUAAGCAGAGGAGUAUAGCGGCUUCGUUUGUGUAUACGCUGGGAGUGACGGGGUCGAUGAUGACGCUGACUUACUACCUGCCGGUGUGGUUCCAGGCGAUCAAGGCGGCGAGUCCGACUAGAUCGGGAGUUAUGAUGCUGGCGAUGGCUGUGCCUGCUGGUGUUGCUGGAGUGCUUUCUGGGAUUGUUAUUUCGAAGCUUGUUGGGCAGCUUGGGUUGGCUACCAGUUCAUUUGGGGGGUUUGGUGCAGGGCUUGGUAUUCAAUCUGUUGGCCUUGUCGCCCAGACCGUUCUUGCCAGGAUGGAAGCGCCGCAAGGCAUUUCAUUGAACUUCUUCGCCCAGUCCCUAGCGGGAUCCGUCUUCCUGGCCAUAGACCAAACCGUUUUCAUGAACGGUCUACACAGACGACUCGAUGGGAUGCCUGGAAUUGAUGUCGACUCGCUGGAUGCCACUGGCGCAUCCGUGCGGGAUCAGGUAAAUGCGCAGCAACUGCCAAAAGUACUGUCGGCGUAUAAUGGAUCUGUUACUGACACGUUCAUCGUGGCGACUGCUUGCGCGUGCCUGGCGUUCGUAGCGUCGUGCGUGGUGGAGUGGAAGGAUGUUAGAAAGGAAAAGGAUCAAAUCAUUCGCGGUCCACAGACGCCGCCGACUGCUGAGAAGGUUUGA